AUGGAUUUGGUAUCUGAUAUUGCAGAGAGAGCCGAGGCCGGCUUUGUGCUGACAUCGGAGCCUAACUUGAGGGUGGCGAAGAAAUCUGGUAUGCUGAUAGCUGAGGGGGAAGGUGUUGCGGUUAGAACUACCCAAAACAUAAUAGGCCCCGUCACGGGGUGGGAAUUGGCUGACCAGUUCUUGGUGCUCAAGUGGAACGGCAUAAAAAUUGUCACCUGUUAUAUUGAGACCAAGAAAAAUGUCACAAAGCAGCAAUUCAGAGACACUUUGUAUAAAUUGGAUAAUUUGUUUAAACAAUUGGGGAAAAAGACAAUACUGGUCGGCGAUUUCAACUGCCGUUCAAAACAGUGGGGGGAUAAAAUCUCGAACACUAGAGGGGGCGAACUUUUCGAGGUGUUCGAAGCGAAUGACAUGGUCGUGCAUAAUCGGAAGGACGUCUUCACUCCAACGUAUGUGGGACAUUUGGGUGAGUCUGUGGUCGACCUGGUCGUGUCUACGUCCGAUCUAGCGGCCCAAAUAGAGAUGGAGGUAUUGCACGACUAUAAUAUGUCUGACCAUAGGGCAAUAUGGUUUGCCCUGAAUAACGAGGAAAGAGCACCGAGAGGACAGGUUGGGGUCGCCGGCUGGUAUAUUGAUCACACUCGGUAUUCCGAAUUUUGUAAAAUAGUUAAGAGUAAGGUAGAUUUAUUGGAGACAGAUCUUUCAGCGGAAGCAUGUUGCGAGAUUGUCACGGAAACGUGUGAUGAAUUGUUCAAAAGAAAAUCGGAGCACAUCAGGAAGAGACCACUCUACUGGUGGACUCCCGAAAUCGGUAAAGCCAGAAAAGAGUGUGAGAAGAUGAGGAGAAGGAUUUUGACACAUAGGAAAAACAAAAUCAAGAGUAAUAAACAUCUUGAGGAGCACGGUUUAAAGCAAAAAGAACUGGCAAAGUUAAUUUAUGAGUCGAAAAAGAAAAAAUGGAUGGAACUAGUUAACGAUCUGGAAAGAGACGUAUGGGGUUUCGCUUACAAAGUUAUCAAGCGGAAAAUCAAGAGCCCCCGGUCUUUUGAUAAUAGUUCCAUCUCUGACGAGCAGCUCUACGAGACGGUCUCGCAGCUGUUUCCGAUACAUGAGGAUGUUGUCAAGAAGGGGAGGGUAGUAGAUGAGACCGAGAUACCCCGGAUUACAGUGGAAGAGUUAGAUAGAGCCUUGAAAAGGAUAAAAAUUGGCAAAUUCCCGGGUCCGGACAACAACCCCCAUAUACUGGCUAAGCUAUUUGUGCAGAGCAAUAAAUCGAAAUUUCUGGACAUGCUUAACAACUCCCUUGUGAAAUGA